CCCAAGCGGUGUUCGCCCCUCUUUUCCCUCUUCUUCGUCCCCUGUUCUUUGGGGUCUCAUCUGCGCUUCCCACGGCGGGCGACAAGUUUGCUGCGAAUUGAGGCUGUGGGUUGGGGUUUGGUGUUAGUGCUUGGUGGGAUGCUGUGCAGUAGGAUGGUGAUGAACUUUAUCCUGCGGAAAGAUGUCAGGGGAUUCCACAAGGGCAAAGAUGGCGACCCCGGAGACCGAGGUAGAGCAUUCGAGGAUAUUGAAGCUUCUCUCAGUGAACUGCACUCGUUUGAGGGUGCGAGGCGUUUGCAGCAACGUGUUUGUGGCCCGACAGUUGCUUUAAGUUUCAAUUUCUUGGUUUCUGUUGGCAUUAUCAUGAUGAACAAAUUGGUGCUUGGGAAAGUAGGGUUUAACUACCCCAUCUUUCUCACCUUUAUCCAUUACUCUUUGAGCUGGUUAUUAAUGGCUAUCUUGAAGGCAUUCUUCCUCCUUCCAGCCUCACCUCCUUCCAAGUCAACUCCAUUCUCUUCCCUGUUGGCUCUUGGCAUUGUGAUGUCCCUUUCUAGUGGCCUUGCUAAUGUCAGCUUGAAAUGCAACAGUGUGGGAUUCUAUCAGAUGGCUAAAAUUGCAGUGACACCAACAAUUGUUCUAGCUGAAUUCAUGUUCUUCAGAAAGACAGUCUCCUAUCAGAAGGUGCUGGCUUUAACUAUAGUGUCUGCUGGUGUUGCUAUUGCAACAGUUACAGACCUUGAAUUCAACUUAUUUGGUGCUUGCAUAGCGUUAGCAUGGAUAAUACCUAGUGCUGUUAAUAAGAUUCUAUGGUCAAAUCUACAGCAGCAGCAUAAUUGGACUGCCCUGGCAUUAAUGUGGAAGACCACACCAGUCACACUCUUCUUUCUGGUUGGAUUGAUGCCUUGGCUUGACCCACCAGGUGCUCUUUCGUUUCGAUGGAAUUCGACCAAUUCGUCUGCUAUUUUCAUGUCAGCUGUCCUUGGAUUCCUGCUUCAGUGGUCUGGUGCUUUGGCUCUUGGGGCAACAUCUGCAACUUCCCAUGUCGUUCUUGGACAGUUCAAAACUUGUGUCAUCCUUCUCGGAGGAUUCCUUCUUUUUGAUUCUAAUCCAGGAAUCUCUAGCAUCUGUGGAGCUGUCACAGCUCUGGGAGGGAUGUCAUUGUACACAUACCUCAACCUAUCGACCUCUCAUAAACAAGGAGCCAAGCCAGCAAAAUGAGCAUUUCCUCCAGCAAAAUUUGGACUUAGCAAGGGAAGUAUCAAUUUCCACGGUGGAGAUAGUACCAGUGAAGCAGUCUAAGAAGCUGACGACUCAUUUUCAACAUUUGGAGUCUCUGAUUGGGGAUAAUAUAGAGUAAAAAAGAUUGAGCAUAUCAAGUGAGCAGGUCAUACUCAUUAGGAAUCAUCAACUUUUAGUCUCAGAAUACUUUUGUGCACCUGUAUAGAUUUUCUUCAAUAACUCAGGAGAUACUAAACAUGAUAUAGUAAAGAUGCAAAUGUAAUCCAUUUCAUUUACUCUGUUCCCUAUUUUUCAACAGAUGUACAUAUAACAGGAAAACUCUUAUCUUUAUAUAUUAGUUGAGACUCUUAGAAUUU